CUGAUUGAUUGAUGGUUCCUGUUUUUCCUCUUUUCGGUCUCGUCUAGCUUCACCAAACCCAAACCCUAGGCCGUGGAGGUGGACGGACGGAGGACGCAGUGAGAGGGGAUCGCCACUAGCGACAGCAUGCGUGGCGGGUACUCCGGCCGCGGUGGUUUCGCUUUCGCUGGCGGGCGCCAUAGCAGCAGCCGCAGCAAUGAUGGCAGCGGAUACCACGGGAAUCCUUGCCUGACGAUGCAUCAGCCGUGGGCGUCGCUGCUGGUGCACGGCAUCAAGCGUGUGGAGGGCCGCUCGUGGCCAUCCCCAAUCACAGGCCGCCUGUGGAUUCACGCAGCAUCCAAGGUUCCUGACCCCGACACCAUCAAAGCCAUGGAGGAUUUCUACAGGGAGAUUUAUGCCGUCAAUGGCAUCACUGACAUCAAGUUCCCUGAUCAUUACCCUGUCUCACGCCUCCUUGGCUGUGUUGAGGUGGUAGGCUGCCUCAGGUCUGAAGAGCUUGUUUGCUGGGAACAUGUGCCCGAGUCUGUCAGGCUUGAAGGGCUGACUGACUUUUGUUGGCUCUGUGAGAAUCCACAGAAGUUGGUGGUUCCGUUCGAGAUGCGUGGUUACCAGGGUGUCUACAAUUUAGAAAGAAGGAUCUAUGAUGGGGCUGUGAGGGGCCUUUCACCUGUUCAAGGUCCGCUGCCUGUCAAGUUCCCUCUUCCAGAUCCCAGAGAUCCCUUCUCUUUGAAGCCAGGAUCUCUUACAUUUGCUGCUAACAAAACCACGCUGCAAAAAUCCGCGAGUGUUACUGCAGCAAUAGCCGGUGCUCAAGCUGCAGCCACUCAAUUCUCAAAGAAGGAUCUCAAAGAUGCUACUAGUAGUGAAACUGGUACACAAGAGCAGUCUUGGGCAAGCCAUGGCGAUAGCAGUUCAGUUGAUGGCAAUGUGCCGUCCAUUGUCCAUGGCAGCACUGCAUAUCUACAAAACCAGAAUCAGCCUUCCAGUUUCCAGAGCACUCCAGCAUACUCCCAAAAUCCAAAUUCCAAGCCUCGGAGAAGUCCCAGACUAGAAUUUGGUGGAGCUUCCAAUAGGGGGUUUUAACGGAAACUAACACUAACAUGUGACUGAUUAUUAGCUUGUUGCAGUGGCACUGAGCGAACUGAAGCAGCUAAGCCUGAGCAAGAACCGAGCAGGGCAAGCAGUUCCAAGAAGCUGACUAAUGCAAGCUAACAAGUAGUAGGUAGUUUGAAGCGCAUGCAUGGGAGUAUGUGAUAGAUAGAAUGAACACUUUGAAUCCCUUGUAAUGUUUGCCAUAACCCAUAGGGCGAGAGAGGUGUAGCAUUUUGCUGUAUGUUUGUAGAAAGAUCGAUGAUGUCUGCAGAAUUUCGUGGGAUGAAAUCAUGACGGACCGCCUACCUAGCCACCUAGGUAUAGGUAACAAAUUUCUCAAAUCAAGCACCCCUUUUAGCUUGUACUAAUUAAGUAUGCUCCAGUGCUGGAAGUGGUGCAAUUGUGUGAAUCAAUGUUUGGUUCUUUUGGCACUUGUCAUCAUCUACCUGGCUCUGACCUCUGAGUCAAGAGGAAGAAAACAAAGGAGGUCCAAGAAUGCAGGCAGGCAGGUGCAGGUUCAUGCACCACCUGUAUUUGAUUUGAGGAUGGCUGACCCUGACCGGGGAUGCCGUGUAAUGCACUGGCCUGAUAGCCGUGGUCACUCUCACUCUAAAUUGUGUGAAUGCAGAGUGCAGGGAGCCACUAGCUACAUAUAAUUUGCUUCUCUAGCACUGUCUUGUAUCUAUGCAUAUACCACCAUAUGCAUACGUGUAAUUUGUUCUGGCAAAGCUA